AUGUCUUUGUUUUCACGUUCAAGUCAUCCAUUUGACUUUUUCUUGAACCAAAACGCAAGUCCAUUCUUAUUAUUGGAUCCUUUGGUUGAUGCUUCUCAAGCACACAAUAACAUCACUCCUGCUCGUCGUGGUGAACGUAGCUUGUUCCGUGAUGACUUUUUCAACGGUCCACGUUGCGAUUUACAUGCAACCGAAAAAGAAUUCGUUUUAGAAGCUGAAAUUCCGGGAAUUCCAAAAGAUCAAAUCAAACUUGAAGUUGAUGAAAAAGCUCGUAAGAUCACAAUUGCAGGUGAAGUGAAAACAUCUUACACUAAUCAACAACCCGAACAACAAGCUCAAGCCCAAGCUGGUACAGCCGCAUCCAACGAAGUGACAAAGACUGAAACCAAAAAAGAAGUCGCUCAAGCUCAACCACGCACUUUGAUCUCUGAACGCUCUUACGGUAAAAUUGAACGUAGCUGGGUCCUUCCAUCUACAGCUGAUUUGAGCAAAGUUACAGCAAAGAUCAAUGAUGGUAUCCUCAAAGUUACCAUCCCAUUCGUUCAAGAGCAAAAGGUCAAACCUCGUGCUGUUACCAUUGAAGACGCAGCCGAGUAA